GACUCUCCCUCGCUGGAAUCUCCUCUUGGGCGCCAGACUCGAAUCUUCCUCACAGCAGACCUCGAGAUGGCCAACUCUGCGACUCUUUUCGCUCCUCCGCCUCUGGAUUCCUCCAAGGCGCCAAUUGAGAAUGUGUUGGAGUUAACUCCGGUGGAAGACGUGGGGAAAGAUGUCUUUACCAAUACGCGACCCCUUUGGCACCCUCCCGGAGCGCGAGGCAUCUAUGGCGGCGCCGCGAUCGCCCAGUCGCUCGCCGCCGCGAUGCGAACCGUCCCCGCCGACUUCGCCGUCCACAGCAUGCACUGUUACUUCGUCCUCGCCGGUGACUCCGCCAUUCCCAUCCUGUACCACGUGGAACGGGUACGCGACGGAAGAAGCUUUAUCACACGGACGGUACAAGCCAGGCAACGCGGCCGACCCAUCUUUACCACGACCUUGAGCUUCAGCAAGGCCAAUAGCGGUGGCAAGAAGAAGCUCGAGCAUGCAUCAUCCAUGCCGUCUGUCGCACUGCCGGAGGAGCCCUUGCCGGGGUCCAAACGCACGUUCGAUGAAUCGGGCGGUGGGCCGUUUGAGACGAAGAAAGCAGGGAUUGUGAACCGCAAUUCCCCGCCCCAGGACAAGAGGAUCAGACGGUUCAUGCGGUCACGAGGACGACUCUCCGACGCGGGCGGUCACCAUGCCCAUAUCUCCGCCCUUGCAUACAUCACCGACAGUUUUUUCAUUGGCACUGUGUCACGGGUCCACGAUGUCCCCCGGUUUUCCUCUCCGGCCGAACUCGAGAAGUUGUUGAAUGCGCUCAAAAACCCCUCGGAUUUAGACGAUGAAGACAUCGCGCGCGCUCUCAAGGAGUUGAAGGAGGAAGAAACUGCUGAUCUGCGCCGCCGCUUGCAGGGAGCCUUGGAUAAAGUGGCCAAGGAAGGGCCCCAGGAGCAUAAGGAGGUUGGGAUGAUGGUCAGUCUUGACCACUCCAUCUACUUUCACAACCCUUGGGCUUUCCGGGCAGACGAGUGGAUGCUCACGGAGAUGGAGAGCCCUUGGGCUGGGGAGGGAAGAGGACUGGUCCUGCAAAAGAUUUGGUCGAAGGAUGGUAUUUUGAUCGCCACAUGCACGCAAGAAGGGGUUGUGCGGCUCAAGCAGGAUGAACCGCCUCGCUCGAAGCUCUAAUUUCUGACUGCUGCAGCCCAGUCCGAGCAGAUAUACCCUUUUUUUCUUAUUUGAUGAUAUCUUCUUAAUUUACAUAGAUGUACAUACGGCCGAGAACGCCCAUUCAGGCCACUUUUACCUUCUUCUCUUCAGGGGGUUCCACUUUGCUACUGUUUCUUCCCGGUACGACAAUCUAUUCAGGCUGAUUGUUAUGGAAUAAAAUCUUUGUUGGUU